CUAUCUGUUGCGAACACUGGGUCUUUUGGCAUUUGUACCUCGUUGGCAAUCAGGGUAGCAUAAGCCACGGGACUGCUAAAUAACCUACGAUCAUAUCCAGCCGACCGCGAGGGGAUAUUUAACCACCGGUCUAUCACAACACUCGCAUUAGAGCCUCCGCCACCGGAACCUUGCCACUAUAUAAACGGCUUUAACUUGGAGAGCUUCUUGAGAGUUCACUGGCGUUAAUUAGGGAGCGAGUUGUUGCCAGGCCUUUCUUCUCUGAACAGACGGAAGAGUUCAGUUGUCAAGAAAGAAGCACAUCUAAUACCAUGGAAGCCAGAGAUGUUCAAGAUGAUUCUCCAGGACAGGGGGAUAGCGAUUUUGGCCCACACAACAGCGUGUUGGAGACCAGAAAAGAGUCAAUUGGGGAAAAGAGUACGGCGAGCGAGAGAGGGAGGAGCUCUGGGGGAGUUAAAGACACGGAAAGUGUAGAAGAUGACAGAGGAGAAGGAGGGAAAAAGGCGCGGACCCAUCGCAAAUGCCGUCGCCGCCCGCCCUACUCCUACAUCGCACUUAUUGCAAUGGCAGUACAGAACUCCCCAGAGAAGCGGCUAACCCUGGAUGGAAUCUGUAAGUUCAUUCGCGAUAGGUUCCCGUUCUACCGCGAGACGUACCCCUCAUGGAAGAUCUGCAUUAGGAACAAUCUCUCGUUAAAUGAUUGCUUUAUCAAGACCGGUAUCAAAUCAGAUGAACCGUUGAAAGGGAACUACUGGACUCUCGACCCAGAAAGCUACAACAUGUUUGAAAACGGCAGCUUCCUACGACGAAAAACGCGGUUUAAGAAACAAGAGCGCGCGGCAAGGGAAAGCAAAGGCGAGACAAGCCAGAGCUUCAGUUCGCCACUCGACAUGAGGCCCGGGUUCUUGGGAAGUUCUUUAGUUCCGACGUAUUCAUUGAACCCGCUGGAGUCAACUCCGUUGCCUUCGAUAACCCCAUACCUGCCUCUGCACUAUUAUAACCACGCCAAGCUCAGCCAGGCACCAGGGGAGUCCAUUUUCAUGCCUCAGCUACCGUUCCUACCCCCGUACUAUCAGCAUCUGAACUGUCAGCAGUGUACGUUGUGCGAUGCAACCAAGCAUUUGAACCCGUACCUUAGAAUUUAACCACGAGUGUGUUAGAAUAGGUAGACCUUUUUUGUUCGUUAAAUCAGAUUAGGAAGAUGAAGUUAGCUCUUCAUUGUUUUUAUUGAUGCUAUCAAGAAUUUCUUCCCGCUGUGUUUCACAAUGAAUUAAACUUUCACCCUUUUUAGACUUUAGGUUCUUACCAUAUGCGAGAUUUCGCAACGGAAAAAACGAACUACAUAAGCAUUCAAAUAAUAGUAUUGAAUUUGAAUUUAUCUAAAAGAGAAUGUAGAAUUUAGGUAUAUUAAAUAAAGCAAAUAAUAAGAUUAGGUAACUUAUAUUUUCUUUAGUUUUGUCUGAGGGCUUUUUGGUUCAAGCACUUUGGACACACGAGGCUUAGACAUCAUCACAGUGGGAAAAACAAUUUAUGUAUCAUAUAAAAUCAUCCAUGAAAAGUAGAAAGAACCCAAGUUAUUGUAAAUAUAUACCAUAUAACAUGUAUCAACCAUUCAAAUUAUAUAGCAACUAGAACCCAAGAGCACAUGUAUAUUACAAAUGCAAAUAAUAAACCUUUAAACAUCA